AAGAUUCCAGUGGUUCUCCUCCACGCACAGCACGUAUGGAUACUGGAUGACUUCUUUGUUCAACACCUCGGAGGGUUUGCAAGUGUGAUCGACAGAAGGGCGAUGUCCAGUUCUGCUGCGUUUCGGAGCAAUUAUGUGCAGCAGAAAACCGCAUCGAUUGGCCGAGAUGAAGUUGCUUAUGGCGUUCAGGUGUGCACUUGGACGGCCAAGUUCGAAGAACUCUCCAAGCUGGAACCCUCAAAACUUCGGAUCGAGGACAUGAAGCGAUUUGCAAAUUUAUUCAUCCAGGGAAUUCUGUACGCGCAUCGGCUCUCGUUCACUGCCAAGUUGAUUUUGAACGUUCACGCCCGUUUCGUCAAGCCUAUGAGCAAGGUUGAUAUCGCUUGCGUGUGCAGAUUGAUCGAAUUGCUGCAGUCUAUCAGAGCUACUUAUCAUCGACACGGGAUGCUGGUGGCAGAGAUCACUGGUUACGUCAUGCAACACCUGUCUUUUGUUGCCCUGACGACGUUGGCUGGAGUCAAGAAACGGUUGCUGAAUGAGAAACCGAGCUCCAGACGUUCAGAUAUAUUGACUGCAUUGGUAUUGACUGAACACGCCUUGAAUGGUCCUGUGACAAAAGUUAAACGGCUGGUGGCGAUCAUUGCGAUGGCCUUUGCGCCGAAAACGCUAACGGAAGGAGAGUUUCAAGCAUUGGAGAAAAAUUUGAGGAAAAUGGAGUUUCUCUGUGACCUGGGAUCGUCUUUGGAGAAAGCGUGUGAUGGCUCGUUCCUUUAUUGGCACCGUGUGAUAAUUCCCAUCUAUUUCGACGACGUGUUGAGCUGUGAAACUAAUCCCCAUAGAAUUCAUGAAUUUUUUUCGGCGUUGGAAGACUGUAUCGCCCCGUUGUCUCAUUGU